AUGGAGAGGGGGGUAGAUGGAGAGGGGGGCAGAUGGAGAGGGGGGGCAGAUGGAGAGGGGGGCAGAUGGAGAGGGGGGCAGAUGGAGAGGGGGCAGAUGGAGAGGGGGGCAGAUGGAGAGGGGGGGCAGAUGGAGAGGGGGGCAGAUGGAGAGGGGGGGCAGAUGGAGAGGGGGGCAGAUGGAGAGGGGGGGCAGAUGGAGAGGGGGGCAGAUGGAGAGGGGGGGGCAGAUGGAGAGGGGGGCAGAUGGAGAGGGGGGCAGAUGGAGAGGGGGGGCAGAUGGAGAGGGGGGCAGAUGGAGAGGGGGGGGCCGAUGGAUAGGGGGGAGAAUCAAACCGGUUGA